AAAAAAAAGCUUCUUGAAGAACUUGGUGAGAAUAGACUUCCAUAUGUGACACCAGCCGAUGCUGAUUUCCAUCAAUUGUGGAAGACCAAAUAUUCCAAGCUGAUUUUCAGAAAAUCUGAUACAGUUCCUGAAGAGCUCCAUCAAAUGGUACAAGAAGGCUUUCUGACCUUGCGAAAACACGAUUGUUUCUUUCAAGAUCUUGUAAGGAUCAAAGGAAAAGAUUUUGUUACCCCAGUGUCUCGUAUAUUAAUUGGAAACCCAGGAUGCACUUACAAGUACUUGAACACAAGAUUAUUUACAGUUCCUUGGCCUACUGAAGGUUAUGAUAUAAAAUAUUGCAGUCCUCAAAUACAUGAUGCUUGUAAAGCAUUAUUCAGACUUAAUGACUACUUGCAUAUUGAAGCAGUCAAGGCAUUACAAGGACAAAAUUUGUUUGAGAAAGAAAUUAAAGAUACUACUGUAAUAGAUAGGGAGCAAAAUUUUGCUACUUCUCUUACGGAGAAAGGGUCUGUUUCAAAAGAUCAAAGCAGUUGUUGUGUACCAGAGGAUGACUACAUAAGUCUAAAGAACAGAACAUCUUAUAACUUGACUUUAUUAAAUUACAUGGAUCCACUACAAAUGCUGUACUUGAAACAAGAACCUUAUUUUGGAAUGGGGAACAUGGCAGUGAGCUGGCACCAUGACGAGAAUCUGGUCGAAAGGUCAACGGUUGCUGUGUACAGCUACAGCUGUGAAGGUUCAGCCGUGGAGGAAAGUAAUGAACAGAAACUGAAGGGAAGAGACCCAGCUGUUUGGCACGUAGGCUUGAAGGUAGCAUGGGACAUAGAGACACCUGGAUUAGUAAUACCACUUCACCAAGGAGACUUCUACUUGAUGCUUGAUGAUCUCAAUAUGACACAUCAGCACUGUGUCCUGGCUGGUUUUUCACCUCGAUUCAGCUCAACUCACAGAGUUGCAGAUUGUUCAAGAGGAACAUUGGAAUACAUAUUUGGACAAUGUGAACUGGCACUCCAGAAUUUACAUACUGAUUCUGAUUCAGUGGCUUUAUCUUUGAAAUCACUGGAACCUGCAGUUGUAAAGCAAGUAGAAGAAAUACAUAAUGAGGUUGAAUUUGAGUGGCUCAGGCAGUUUUGGUUUCAAGGCAAGCGGUAUUUGAAGUGCACUGAUUGGUGGCUUAAGCCUAUGGCUAAAUUGGAAGAAUUUUGGAGAAAAAUGGAGAUUAUGAAACAUGGUGGCGUCAGUGUAUCUCCUUUCAACAGGCCUCAGGAUGAUAUUUAUCAGCGAACUGAAG